UCUCUUUCCUUCGAAGAACUACAACUUGUACAUGGCCGUAGCGCUUUCUGUAGCCACAUUAUAAGUAUCUGGGAUGGAUAUAAGUUCUCACAGGAAACAUUUUUCGUCACAUAUCUGCACACUUUAUUAGGUAUAUCAACAGACAUGCUCGAUUUGGGUCCUCGCGUGAUUUUACACUUCCCAUGUGCCACCACUUUCAUCUGAAGCUGCGUGCGGCGUGGGAGAAGCAUCGAGCCGGCGUUUGGGUUACAAUAAACGUAUAAUUCUAUUAAGUUUAGCAAUAUUAAGCAAGAUGUACCGCCUACCUAGAGUACUUCGAUCAAAUGCUUUGCAGCAAAUUUAUCAAGUGCGAUCUUUCGCAAAAGAUGUUCGGUUUGGUCCAGAAGUAAGAGCAUUGAUGUUGCAAGGUGUAGAUAUUCUAGCAGAUGCUGUUGCUGUUACCAUGGGACCAAAGGGCCGCAACGUAAUAUUGGAGCAGUCCUGGGGCAGUCCAAAGAUAACCAAAGACGGCGUGACUGUCGCGAAAGGUGUGGAGCUGAAGGACAAGUUCCAGAACAUCGGUGCCAAGCUGGUGCAAGAUGUCGCCAACAACACUAACGAGGAGGCUGGAGACGGCACGACGACUGCCACCGUGUUGGCAAGAGCCAUCGCCAAAGAAGGCUUCGAAAAGAUCAGCAAGGGUGCCAAUCCUAUAGAAAUUCGCAGAGGUGUGAUGAUGGCUGUUGAUGCCAUUAUUGAUCAUCUGAAGACACUCUCUAAGCCGGUGACCACACCUGAGGAGAUUGCGCAGGUGGCAACCAUCUCUGCCAAUGGAGAUGAGAAAGUUGGUCAACUUAUCUCGGAGGCCAUGAAGAAGGUUGGAAAGGAAGGUGUCAUCACGGUUAAAGAUGGAAAGACUCUUCAAGAUGAACUCGAAGUCAUUGAAGGAAUGAAGUUUGAUAGGGGCUACAUUUCACCAUACUUCAUCAACACUGCUAAAGGUGCUAAAGUAGAAUUUCAGGAUGCAUUGUUGCUACUUAGUGAAAAGAAGAUAUCCAGUGUUCAGUCAAUAAUUCCAGCAUUAGAACUGGCUAAUUCUCAGCGCAAGCCCCUUGUGAUAAUUGCUGAAGAUGUCGACGGAGAGGCACUGAGUACGCUCGUUGUUAACAGGUUGAAGAUUGGUCUUCAGGUGGCAGCAGUGAAAGCACCAGGGUUUGGUGACAACCGUAAGGCUACACUGCAGGACAUUGCAAUAGCGACGGGUGGCAUCGUAUUCGGUGACGAAGGGAACCCAGUGAAGUUGGAGGACUUGCAGCCGUCCGAUCUCGGCCAGGUCGGAGAAAUUGUCAUCACGAAAGAUGAUACACUUAUGCUCAAGGGCAAGGGCAAGAAGUCGGACAUCGACAGGCGUGCUGACCAGCUCCGCGACCAGAUAGAUUCGACAACGUCAGAGUAUGAGAAGGAGAAACUGCAGGAGCGGCUGGCCAGGCUCGCUUCUGGAGUCGCAGUCCUGAAGGUCGGCGGAUCCAGCGAGGUGGAGGUGAACGAGAAGAAGGACCGCGUGAAUGACGCGUUGAACGCAACACGAGCGGCGGUGGAGGAGGGUAUAGUGCCCGGGGGUGGCACAGCACUGCUCCGCUGCAGCCCGGUACUCGAAAAACUGAAGCCAACCAAUGCUGACCAGGCAACAGGAAUUGAAAUAGUGAAGAAAGCCCUGCGUAUGCCAUGCAUGCAAAUUGCAAAAAAUGCUGGAGUGGAUGCUUCGGUCGUCGUCUCGAAGGUGGAAGAUGCCACGGGAGACAUGGGUUAUGAUGCUUUGAACAAUGAGUACGUUAACUUGAUUGACAGAGGCAUUAUUGAUCCCACAAAGGUGGUGCGAACGGCCCUGACAGACGCUGCAGGGGUUGCGUCGCUGUUAACGACAGCGGAGGCUGUAGUGACGGAGAUCCCCAAGGAGGAGACGGCGCCAGCUGGCAUGGGCGGUAUGGGAGGAAUGGGUGGCAUGGGCGGUAUGGGUGGCAUGAUGUAAAAGGGCAGUGACCCUGGUGCUCCAUGACACCGCCUUUGGAUCUGUGCCAAUCGUCUCGUCAAUUCCAGUGUGACGCCUGUUCCUGUCAUCGCAGGAGGUGCAAAUGUUCUACUGUGACAGUUUUACAGAGCUGCAAAAAUUACUUGUGUUUGUGUGAAUUGUGUUAUAUUUAGUGUUUCUAAUGUGCAUGUGUCGCCAUUUGUGUGAGGAAAAUUGUACCACCCUGUAAUUAGUGAUAUAUUCAGAUAAGUCAGAAUCUCCUUGGCGGACUUCGGAAAUCGGAGCAUCUGAGGUUUGGACAUUCGGUUUCCAAGAAAAGUUGUGGGUACAGUGGAACCUUCUGAACAUUGUUUUACAUAGAUCUCGGUUGGGCAUAAAUGUGCUGAAGCAUGUAGAGAUCUUGCCCAGAUCGUUAUGAGAAACUGAGCAUCUCUGUCUUACCUGCACAGUGGCGAGACUGCUAACAUCUAGAAACUGAUGAUAAGUGGGUUGAUCUUACCGUAGCCUGUGAACUGUUGGGAGAACUACUUGGCGCCUUCUGUGGUGACAAUAGUUAAGCAGCUCGUUUCCAAGUUUCUGUGACAAUUGCAACCCCUGCACUAAGUUUUUCUCGAGGAGUGAGCUUAUGGGAACUGCAUCGGUGACAGAAAUGGGGAACAGUGCGUUGUUUCUGGAAGUUCUCCUACUGUAGUAAUACCAGACUAGCUUUCUGUAGUGUCCACCGCGCGCAGAUUCGGGCAGAGUUGUGGCUGCUGUGCAAAGACUGUAUGUGUAUGAUUGUUGAGCUGUUCGUAGGCAUUUGUUUGCUGUCAUUCCAGAGUUUUAUAGUGCAUUGUUUCCCACGGGGCACGUGCACUGGAUCAGCAAUGAAGAGGAGGGUGCAUCUUCAUUCAGUCCCAACUGACUGGUUCGUCUCAUUUCCAUAAUCAUAAACUGCAGCUUUAAAUAAAUUCUGAGGAAGAUCGUUUCCGUACUGUUUUUCUUAUCGACUGUCCCAACUUGUUUAUAAAGACGGUUGCUAAGAAGGUGUCUCUUCCCUGUUUGUGUUCAACACUAGUUUUUGUCUUUCUCUUUUGUUACUUUUCAUCACAGCACAAAAUUUGUAGUUAACAUGUUUUUGUUAUAAAAAUAAAGUUUAUAUGUGUAUUACA